UUAGAGGGAAAAAAAAUGGAGGAAACGACAGUGGUAAUUGUAGGUGGUGGACCUUCAGGGCUUGCAAUAUCAGCAUGCCUUAAGCAAUACUCAAUUAGUCACAUAGUACUUGAGAAAGAGGAUUGCAAUGUUUCUCUUUGGAGAAAGCAUGCUUAUGAUAGAGUAAACCUUCAUUUGGCCAAAGAGUUUUGUGAGUUACCUUUGAUGUCUUACCCUCCUUCUUACCCUACCUUCCCCUCCAAGUCUUGUUUUCUCGAAUACGUCGACAGAUAUGUCGAACGUUUCGAGAUUAGCCCUCGCUACUGCCGGACAGUGGAGUCGGCCACGUACGACGAGGGCGAACAGAUGUGGAAGAUUGAGGCAAAGGCGAUGGUUAAAGAAGGGGAUAUGGAGAAGGUGGUUGAUGAGGUUUAUAGGGCAAAGUAUGUUGUGAUAGCCACAGGUGAAAAUAGUGAAGGAUAUAUUCCAAAUGUGGUUGGCUUAGACACUUUUAGUGGACAAAUAUUGCAUUCCAAACACUAUAAAAGUGGUUCUAUAUUUGCAUCAAAAGAGGUUUUGGUUGUUGGAUGCGGCAAUUCUGGAAUGGAAAUUGCAUAUGAUCUUCAAAUUUCUGGUGCCAAAACUUCAAUUCUCAUGAGAAAUCCGGUAAUUUAA